AUGUCGCUCGUCUCGGGAGAGAAGUCGAGCUUCCAGUUCAUUCUCCGUUUACUCAACACCAAUGUCGACGGCAAGGAGAAGGUCCUCUACGCUAUGACCCGCAUCAAGGGUGUCGGACGCCGAUACUCCAACUUGGUCUGCAAGAAGGCCGACGUAGACUUGAACAAGCGCGCCGGUGAACUGACAGCUGAAGAGCUCGAGCGAAUUGUCACCAUUCUCCAGAACCCCACGCAAUACAAGAUCCCCACCUGGUUCCUCAACCGUCAGCGCGAUAUCACCGAUGGCAAGAACUCCCACCUGCUCGCAAACGGUGUCGACUCCAAGCUGCGCGACGAUUUGGAGCGCCUGAAGAAGAUCCGCGCCCACCGCGGUCUCCGUCACUACUGGGGCCUCCGCGUUCGUGGUCAGCACACCAAGACCACCGGCCGUCGUGGACGCACCGUCGGUGUGUCCAAGAAGAAGGGUGGUUAA